UACAGGCAUGUAAAAUAGUUUAGUUAUAAGGCAUUCAUAAGUAACAUUGGUGCUUUCUAUAUCAGUGUUGUUAGUGUUGAGUUUUAGCAUGCAUAACUGGUUAGACCACUUGAAGUAGCAGAAGUGCGAAAAUGUAACAGGCUAAGCUAACUGUUCAGCUAACCUGCUAGUACUCAACUGGACUUUUAGUAGCUUGUUGGAUAAUUUGACUUGCAUUUAUCAUCUCAAGUUAUAUGUAUUUGAGAAAACCAAAGAAAUUACUUUAGGUGAAUUUGAGGCUUAUUUACGUCGUCACUUUGCAAAGUUUGUAUAAGUUUGUCAAGUGGAACAUCAUCGAUCAUGUCAGCAGCCUCCUCAGCAACCAAUUUAACCCAACAGCGGGUCAAGCGCAGCGGGGGCUCCCCAACAAUCUCUCCAGCCGGCUGCAGUAACGGCAACAACAGCGCUACGAUCCGGUUACAGCCUAUUCGUGCCACCGUGCCUUACCAGCUCUUGCGUGGAAGUCAGCACAGCCCAACCCGUCCCUCCUCUGUAGCGAGCAACACAGGACCGACAUCAACGUCCCGCUGCAACAGUCCUGCCAGCCCGACACAGCUCAUAUUCACGAACCCGGGUGGAAACGGCUCGGUGGAGGCUAGGCUGGUCGCAAGGCAGAGACGCUCGCCACAGGACAGCAAAAGCUCACCGGAGAGGUGUCCAAACUCUCCUGUUUUCAAAGUAGAGCGGUCCAGGCCCCAGCAACAGGUGUCCAACUCUGGGGCCAUCCGACGGACGUCGUCCCUGGGCACCAUCACCGGCCCGUAUCUCACCGGCCAGUGGCCUCGCGACCACCACGUCAACUACCCUUCGUGCAUGAACGACAAAUCCACCCAGACUCCCGGAUGUUGGAGUGAAGAAGCAGGAGAGAAGAAGGCCACACACCAGCGCUCGGCGUCUUGGGGCAGCGCCGACCAGCUCAAAGAGAUAGCCAAGCUCCGGCACCAGCUCAGAGGCAGGCAACAGGGUCAAUCUCAGAGGGACAAAGACAGCCUGUCUCCUUUCCAGGGACCCAACGCCGUCCUCAGCCACAACCCCAUUACCAACACGCUCAUCCAAGCACAGUGGCCCUGCAUGUCUAAAUCAUCCCAGAUGUCCAUGACAGUGCCCAAGCCCUCCAUCUCCAGAGUGCCCAGCAGCAUGGAGGGCAUCAACCACGAGCUGGAGAAGGUCUUCAUCAGAGACAACAAUGGAGAGAAGGAGGAGCUCAAGGCGUUGGAAGUGCCGGACGGGCGGAGGGCCCCCUUCCCCCCACAGCAGCGUAGCAGCAGCACCCGUAGCGUGGACACGCAGACGCCCUCCGUGCCCGGCCGCUCCUCCAGCUGCUCCAGCCUGUCCCCCUGCCCCUCCCCAGCCUGCCCCCCAGAGUCAGGCUCGCAAGGCGGGAGCCCCUACUCCACGGAUGACCUGCUGUAUGACCGGGACAAAGACAGUGGCAGUAGCUCACCGCUGCCGAAGUUUGCGUCGUCUCCUAAACCCAACAACAGCUACAUGUUCAAGAGGGAGCCCCCAGAGGGAUGUGAGAAGAUCAAGGUGUUUGAGGAAAUGAGCUCUAGGCAGUCAGCAUCUGUCCCUCUCUUCUCCUGCCCCGACAAGAACAAGGUCAACUUCAUCCCUACCGGCACGGCCUUCUGCCCCGUCAGACUGACCCCCGGCGCUCUGCACCUCUCUGUGACCUCUCACCCGGACGAUGACUCGGAGGCCGGGCCCAGCUCCAUGAUGUCAGCGUUCUGCCGUGUCCCCCCAACUCAGGUUCACACCUCCACCAGCACAGAUGACCCUCCCACCCCCGAGGAGGCUACCCCUGAAAUGACCACCUCCCCCCAGCAGGGGGAGACACCAGAGACUGCACCCCAGACAGACAGCCUGGCCAUCAGCUAGACCUGGGCAGAGCUGGCCUCCGCCACAUGGUUCUGGUUCUUCUUCUUCUUCUUAAUAAUGAUAUUAUUACUAUGCCCCCCUCCUCCCGCGUCAUCAUUGUCAUUGACAUCCAGCCCCCCCCCCC